AAAAGGGACAACAAUAAUCAGCUGAAUGAAAAAGGGCAUAGGGCUCAACCUCGAAAAUUAUAGCCAAAACGUUGUUCGGUGACAGAUCUCUCUCACUGCGCAAACUCCUUUCGUUUCCAUGGCUUCAGCGCUGCAGAGACUGCUGCGAAAACCACCAUUACUACCCUUUAAAUUCAUUUCUGCCGUUAACCCUUCUUCUCAGCUCCAAAACCCUAUUCUCACUGUUCCUUCACACUGUCACCCUCAACCUUCUCCCACAAGCCCGGCUACGCAGCAAUUCGAUGCUCCCACGGUGAUCUUUCCCAGUUUUCCUUUUGGGUUUUUCCCAAAACCCGUUUUUGAUAGUGGGGUUCGUUCCCUGGAUGAUGGGGUGGAAGAAGAUUCUGGAACCAUGUGGGCGGACAGCGUGAAGAAGAAGCGGAAGCGGAAAAUGAACAAGCACAAGUACCAGAAGCUGAGGAAGCGCAUGAGGAGACAGAGUUAGAAGGUGAGGGUUCAGUGCUUUUGAUGCCCAACAGAAAAAACAAGGCAACUUUGAACUUGAUCAAUGCAUUUUUCUUUAUUUUCUUUUAAUGAAAGAAUGACGGUAUCUUAUUAGUUUCUAGUGAGAGGAGAGUUGAAGGGUGAGAAGAGAUGUUUAAUGUUCUGUGACAAUUAGUUGGAGUCCAAUUGUUUUGGAUUUCUCUUUUAUGAUUUUUGCUUAGUUUAAAUGUUGCUAUUGCACUUUAUUUGGUAAUUCCCUUGCUAGCUUAGAAUAAAUAAUGUAUGCGAUGACAAUCUAAGAACAAAUCGGUUUUUAUGAUAUGUUUGUCGAUUUUUGUA